AUGGUCGACGUCAGGACUAGCCCGGCACGUACCUGGGAGGUCGGAGUUGGCAUAACAGUAAGCUUGGCCCAUAGCUUGAUCUCGGCCAUAACGACGGGAAAGAGUGCGGAGGGCGGCAGUCCAGAAAGCCUCGGCAGUUCAGGAUUUUCCGCUGUGAAAACGAAUGGUGGAUGGCCGGCGGCGGAGGUUUGCGUUGAUGAAGAAUCUGCACCUGCUCAGCAGCUUACAGUGGUUGCCUUUGUUUCUGGAUUCGAUGAGCUGGACCUCAAGAUCGUGCGGAAAAAACGCUCAAAGACAAUCUGCAUUUCAGACGGCAAGAAACUGAAGUCCAGUGAGGAUGGAUCCCCUCCCUCAUCGUCUGAGAGUGUUUCUGGAAUAACCACUGUUGAGGCCUCCUGCUUGUCCAGCUCGUCUAGUUCCCAAAGCUUUUCCAGUCAAACUAAUGCUGAUGAUAAGCCGAGGAGAUCAGUCAUUGCAGGGCAUCUUGGCCGGACAGCUGCUGCCAUUCUCGGGGUUCUGUCCAAAGAGAGUGCUUCUGAGGUUAAGAUCCGUCAUUUGAUUGGUGAUAGUCCUUCUACAAGCAAAGCCCUGAGGAUGUUGCUUAAGCUACAGGAGGUGAAGCGAUAUGGAGCUGGAGGACGUACCGACCCUUAUAUUUACACGAAAGCAAAUUAA